UAUCUGAAAAGGGGAAAAAAACAGAACUAAAAUCUGAAGUUCGAUCUGCAGCUACAGAAUCGAAAAUCCAAGAAUAAAGGAGGAAACUUUGAGUCUUUGUUCGCGAAAAUCAGAUAUAUUUCACAAAGCCCUCGUUUUUUUUGGAGAAUAAAGAUCGAAACCCAUGAAUCUUCAAGCGGCUUCGUGUAGCUUCAGCUCCGUUUGGGUGCCACUUGCCUCUCCGAGAACCUCUUCCCGGCGCUCUGUAAUCCGAGCGAAAUCGGAACCGUCGGAGAAAUCUGUGGAGAUCAUGAGGAAGUUCUCCGAGCAAUACGCUCGUCGCUCGGGAACGUACUUCUGUGUUGAUAAAGGAGUUACUGCGGUCGUGAUUAAGGGAUUGGCUGAACAUAAAGAUUCACAUGGCGCGCCACUUUGCCCUUGCAGGCACUAUGACGAUAAAGCCGCUGAGGUUGGUCAAGGCUUUUGGAAUUGCCCAUGUGUUCCAAUGAGAGAGAGGAAGGAGUGCCACUGCAUGCUCUUCUUGACUCCGGACAAUGAUUUUGCUGGCAAGGAUCAGGCAAUUUCAUUGGAAGAAAUCAAUGAAGCCACAGCUAACAUGUAAUAACUUGCUCUCUUGUCCAUCACUCCUGUACUUUCGGCCAAAGAGAUAUGAGACCGGUGAAUGCCUAGCGACAUACCCUUUUGUAUGUAAUAGACAUUUGGCAUAUUGAUACAAAUUUCUCUCUCUUGUACCAUUUUUCACCUAUCAAGUGCUUGUGGAAUACAAGAGUUUCUGGUUUAAUC